AUGCUUCAAGGGGUUGGCGAAUGCCCGGCGCGACCGGAGGGCAUUCUUCAGUUCCGAUGCGUUUCACAUGCUUUGAAGAUCGCAACAAUCUUGAUUAAGGAUAACGGUGUGAUAAAGAUAAUAGAAGCUGGUCCGCCGAGCAGAAUUUCGGCUGGUGUGCUGCAUGGUCGAUGUCGCAAACGGCCAACGCCAUCGAAUUCAAUUAUUUUCAAGGACCAUUUGAAGAACUUAGUCUAUAAUACAACCCUUCAAGACCAUCAAAAUAUGAUGAAGAAACGAGGAUUGACGUUGAACGCCCAUCAAACUCUCGUGGUCCGGUUGCGGUAUAUCGCCGAGUACGUUAUUCGCAGUCUGAACGAGUUCGGUUGGGCGGUAGUAGACAAUUUCUUGGUGAUGAACAUUGCCGUUUUACCUACAAGGAGAUUAAAUGUCUCUACGAGCGUGGUCUGUUCAGCGCUGGGCAACUAA